AUGGCAACCGGAGGAGGAUCCCAAAUUGGAGAUGUGGAUUCAACUUCCAUUGACCCUUUACGGAUACUCUUCAGUCAGUUAGCUCGAGAGAUAGAUGAGAAUGAAUUUACUACAAUGAAACAACUUUUACUGGGCAAGCAGAUUCCUAAAGAGAAGUUUCAUAAAUUGAACAAUGCUCUGAGCCUAUUUCUGUAUUUAGAGGAGAAAGGAUGCAUUUCUAGUACAAAUUUGAACUUACUCAGUGAUCUAGUAGUUGCAAUUGGUAGGAAUCCUCUAUUAGAAAUCAUAAGUACAUACCAACAACAAGACACUGGAAAUCAACAAGCACAUAUGCCCAGUACUGACACAGAUAAAAAUGCUUCAUGUCAGACAUUGAGUGAUUCAAGGGAAUUUCAAGAUAUCUUAUCCAUGCAACCUCCAAGUAAGUGGAUAAGCCCACAAAUGCAAGGGAAUUCACAUUCAGCUACUCAACCUGAAUCCAAGCUGCAGCCACAACCAAAGAAGCAUGAAAGGCAGCCCGGUGAACUCGAAAUUGAGGUGAAUGUGGAUUCUUUCCAAAAGAUGGAAGCUCGAACAGAUCAGACAGUGAGGGAGAUUAAAGCACAGGCAUUAUCUGAUAUUGCUCGCUGCCUCUUUAGUAAAGUCAAAACAAUUGACGAUAUCCCAGCUAUGAUAAAGUACCUUGAUGACAUUGGUGAUAUCAUCUGUAAACACAUUGACCAUAAAUGUCUGGUUGUUGUCGUAGAAUGCUUAUCAUUAUCGGCUCUGAAACGGUUGUGGCAGGACUACAGAGAGGGGAAAAUCAAUUCAAUCUUUCAGGAGGACAUUGUUUCAGAAGAUGUUUUGAGAGAAUGUGGUGCUUCUAAGAUCGUCUUGACAACUACAAUUGAAAGAUGGCAAUAUCGUAAAUGUUUCUUAGAACUUCAAAAAGAUGAAGAGACAAAAGAUUCUGUGGAUAUACCGACUGAUACCACUGAAGUAGAAACUGAAGAUGUACGUUCUGUAGAUAUACCGUCUGACACCACUGAAGUAGAAACUGAAGAUGUACGUCCUGUGGAUAUACCAACUGACAUCACUGAAGUAGAAACUGAAGAUGUACGUCCUGUAGAUAUACCGACUGACAUCACUGAAGUAGAAACUGAAGAUGUACAUUCUGUAGAUAUACCGGCUGAGGCCACUGAAGUAGAAACUGAAGAUGUACGAGAUUCUGGUUUGGAGUCAGCAGGUGACCGAUCCCUGGACUUUCCAGGUGGUGACACACAGUUACAGGAUACCGCCGAAAUCUCCAUCUCCUCGUCAGUGUCUCCCCCAUUGGGAGGAAUCAGACAGGAAGUAGACUGUUUGCUGGAAAAGGGCGCCAUACACAAUCAGUCGGCAUUAAGUCCUGGCUUCUACUCAAAUGUGUUCGUAGUAACAAAUCUACAGAUGGCGAGUGUCCAGUUCUGGACUUAG